AUGAAGUUCUCUAACGCACUCAUUUCACUCUCGCUCCUUCUUGCUGGCUCUGUCGAGGCCGCGCACAUCUCCAACCUCAAGAACAUGAGGAAGAUGGACAGGCACGCUCUUGGUCGGCGCAGCGGUGCCUCCGCUACGUACACCCCCUCGGUGUCGCAGACCCCGACCCCGACUUCUACCAGCUCGAGCACUGCGCCCAGUAGCUCCUCCACCGCUGCCUUUUCUAAUGGCAUUAAGCGUGGUUUGUCUUACAACGACGCGUCGCUGACGGACCAGUUCAGCUCAAACCAAAUCAGCUGGGCGUACAACUGGGGCCAAACCGCCUCCGGUAGCUUGCCUGCGGGCGUCCAGUUCAUCCCCAUGCUCUGGGGCAACACGAGCACCUACACUUCUACCUGGGCGGAGAACGCUCAAGCUGCUAUUGACAAUGGUACUGAGUACCUGCUCGCGUAUGCAUCUACAGCUUCUGGCACAAUACGCUGUAUUCACCAUCACACGCUUACAGUUUCAACGAGCCGGACCUCAACACGCAGUCCAACAUAA